GACAAUGUUUUGCGGAGGGAAGGGCGUCGGCUUAAGUCUGUAAUGAGGACCGGCUGAUCAGUUCACGAAACGUCGCUGCUCAACACGUCAUUUGUCAACUCCAAGCAGUGACGAUAUUUCUUCUCGAUGGGGACCUUCCUUACAUCAAGAUUGUGGACGAACCUCUCGUCCCACCUAAACGUGUCAAGAAUAAGAGCAGCAGCCUACUCUUCUGCAGUUAGGUCUAGGAAAUGGGUCCUCGUCCAGCACUUUGACGGCUUCCCGAAGCACACGGAUUUUGAACUCAGAGAGGAGCCUCUUCCGGGCCUGAAAGAUGGCGAAUACCUUUGCGAAGCUGAGUGGAUCAGCGUUGACCCCUACCAGCGCGCCUACACGCCCAACUACCAAGUGCCUAUGACGAUGAUCGGUUUGCAGUGCGCGCGCGUGCUGGAGAGUCGCUGUCCUGACUACCCAGAGGGCUCGUACGUGGUGGGCGGUCUCGGGUGGCGGACGCACGCCGUGCGCAACCCGAGUCGGGACGAGGGUGGCCUGCUGCCGUUCGCAACGGCGCCGAUGCCAGAGAUGGGCGCCCUCUCGCGCUCGCACGCCGUCGGCGCGUGUGGCAUGCCGGGCAACACGGCCUACUUCGGCCUGCUGGAGCUGUGCCGGCCGACCGCCGGCGAGACGGUGGUCGUGUCAGGCGCCGCGGGGGCCGUCGGCACGCUGGUGGGCCAGAUCGCCAAAAAGAAGGGCUGCACAGUGGUGGGCUUCGCCGGCUCCGACUCCAAGUGCGACUGGCUCCGGACGCUGGGCUUCGACCACGCCAUCAAUUACAAGACGGCCAAGCCGAGCCGGGCGCUGCGUGAGGCGGCGCCCGGCGGCGUGGACUGCUAUUUUGACAACGUCGGCGGGUGGCUGAGCGACGCCGUCAUGUGCCAGAUGAACCUGUUCGGCCGCGUGGCGCUCUGCGGCUGCAUCGCCGGCUACAACGACCCGCCCGGCCGGCGCACGCUCGUGCCCAUGCUGCAGAUGCCUAUCCUGAGCCAGCAGCUGCGCCUGGAGGGCUUUAUCGUGUCACGCUGGUCCGACCGGUGGCAGGAGGGCGUGGACCAGAUGCGCGCCUGGGUCGAGGACGGCAGCAUCCGAGCCGAGGAGACCAUCACAGAGGGCUUCGAGAAUCUGCCGGACGCCUUCAUGGGCAUGCUGGCCGGUCAGAACACCGGCAAGGCUGUUGUCAAGGUUUAACGGACAGACUUUCGCAAUACCCGAAUAAGUACGUUUGAACUGGAGGAGCGCCGGGCGCACUUCAGGCUGUCAGGUGUCUCUGAUGUGAGUAUUGCGGCACAGCGUUACAUGACUCAGGGCCGGCUGUGCAAGAUCACUCCAAUAUGUAUGCUCGUUGGGCGCAACUCCCCGCGUACCGCCGUAGGAAGCAAGGGUAUAAUACAGUGUCGUAGCGGCAGCGUAUGUUAAACGAAGCUUGCGCAUCAGUGAGUCUUUUUUUGUUGCCGAAGUGAUCGAGAUGUGUGAGACUUAAGUUACAUUUAUGCCAAUAAACUGGUGAACUGGG